GCUGGGCACACGCAGUCGGAGGCGGCGCCGGCCAGGCCGCCGGGCGCCUAUGGACGCGCGGAGCCCGCUGUCUCCCCGAGCCAGUGCGUUCAGCAUCGCCUCUCUGGUUUCAGCCAAGGCGGCGGAGCGCACCGCCAACCAGGACUCAGGGUCCUCCGACCGGGUGAAGCUUCGCUGGCUGCCAGGAUCCCCCGCAGGGAUGCACUUCAGCACCGUCACCAGGGACAUGGAAGCCUUCACGGCCAGCAGCCUGAGCAGCCUGGGGGCCGCGGGGGGCUUCCCGGGCGCCGCGUCGCCCGGCGCCGACCCGUACGGCCCGCGCGAGCCCCCGCCGCCGCCGCCGCCGCGCUACGACCCGUGCGCCGCCGCCGCCCCCGGCGCCCCGGGCCCGCCGCCGCCGCACGCCUACCCGUUUGCGCCGGCCGCCGGGGCCGCCACCAGCGCCGCCGCCGAGCCCGAGGGCCCCGGGGCCAGCUGCGCGGCCGCAGCCAAGGCGCCGGUGAAGAAGAACGCGAAGGUGGCUGGUGUGAGCGUGCAGCUAGAGAUGAAGGCGCUGUGGGACGAGUUCAACCAGCUGGGCACCGAGAUGAUCGUCACCAAGGCCGGCAGGCGGAUGUUCCCCACCUUCCAAGUGAAGCUCUUCGGCAUGGAUCCCAUGGCCGACUAUAUGCUGCUCAUGGACUUCGUGCCGGUGGACGAUAAGCGCUACCGGUACGCCUUCCACAGCUCAUCCUGGCUGGUGGCGGGGAAGGCCGACCCUGCCACGCCAGGCCGCGUGCACUACCACCCCGACUCGCCUGCCAAGGGCGCUCAGUGGAUGAAGCAAAUCGUGUCCUUCGACAAGCUCAAGCUGACCAACAACCUACUGGACGACAACGGCCACAUUAUUCUGAAUUCCAUGCACAGAUACCAGCCCCGCUUCCACGUGGUCUAUGUGGACCCGCGCAAAGAUAGCGAGAAGUAUGCUGAGGAGAACUUCAAAACCUUUGUGUUCGAGGAGACACGAUUCACCGCGGUCACUGCCUACCAGAACCAUCGGAUCACGCAGCUCAAGAUUGCCAGCAAUCCCUUCGCCAAAGGCUUCCGGGACUGUGACCCUGAGGACUGGCCCCGGAACCACCGGCCCGGCGCGCUGCCGCUCAUAAGCGCCUUCGCGCGCUCGCGGAACCCCGUGGCCUCCCCGACGCAGCCCAGCGGCACGGAGAAAGACGCGGCUGAGGCCCGGCGAGAAUUCGAGCGCGACGCGGGCGGGCCGGCAGUGCUCGGGGACCCGGCGCACCCUCCGCAGCUGCUGGCCCGGGUGCUAAGCCCCUCGCUGCCCGGGGCCGGCGGCGCCGGUGGCCUAGUCCCGCUGCCCGGCGCGCCCGGAGGCCGGCCCAGUCCCCCGCACCCCGAGCUGCGCCUGGAGGCGCCCGGCGCAUCGGAGCCGCUGCACCACCACCCCUACAAAUAUCCGGCCGCCGCUUACGACCACUAUCUCGGGGCCAAGAGCCGGCCGGCGCCCUACCCGCUGCCCGGCCUGCGAGGCCACGGCUACCACCCGCACGCGCAUCCGCACCACCACCACCACCCCGUGAGUCCAGCAGCCGCCGCCGCCGCCGCCGCCGCUGCCGCAGCCGCCGCGGCCGCCAACAUGUACUCGUCGGCUGGAGCCGCGCCGCCCGGCUCCUACGACUACUGCCCCAGAUAACGCGGGCCCCGCCGCGCUCCCGCCCCGGCCCCGCACUGCCCCGAGGGUCGCGGGGCCCAGCCACCCUGCCCCAAGGGCCAGCAAGGAAUACGUUCCCCCAGCCCCAGGGGCCACCGCGGGUCUCCCCUUCCCCAGCCUCGAAGCCACGGGGGCCCCCUCGCCACCCCUCAGCCCCUUGGGCUAUCGAAGUAUCCGGUUCCCCAGUCCCUGGAGCCACCGCGGGUCCUUCCCCGGCCCAGAGGGCCAAGGGGCUCCCCGCCCGCCAGUGCCAAAGCGCCCGGUCAGAGGCGGAAGGAAGUGAUAUUUAUUGUUCUCUCCGAGACCGCGUCGCCCGCGGCCCGGCCGGCAGUUGCUGUGUAGACAACCCGAGAGCCCCGCCUGCAGGCGGUGUAGAUACGUGUAGAUACUGUAGAUACUGUAGAUACCGCGCCGGCGCCGACUUGAUAAACGGUUUCGCCUCUUUUGGAA